UAAUAAUUUAACCCUUUUUCCAAAAGAUUACAAAUAAUUUAGUAAAGAUAAUAUUAUUACCUAUAAAAUUUAUUACCAUUAAAAUUUACCUAUAAUUAAAACUAAUAAUUAUGAGUAUCAUAUAUAAUAUAUUAUCGAAUAAUUAUUUUAUCACAAGGGGAAAAAUCUGCCGCUUAACUUAUCUGAUGACAUCAAAUUAAGUAUUUCGUGAAAAAGAAGAAAACGUGAUCGUAAAUUUUAUUCUAUUCUAAUUCAUAAACGGAUUGAAUUUAUCAUUAUAAAUCUGUUAUUUAUAAACGGAAAAAAGCGCUAUUUUAAGGAUGGAGAUAAAUUCUAAGCUAAUGGAAGAAUGAAUAGUAUAACUCAAUACUGAUUGUAAAUUGUAAAAAUGCCCCUUAACCAGUCACACGUCAAGAGAGAGAGACCCUACGACGGAAAUGUAUGUAAAGAAAAAAAGAUGAAUGAUCAAGAUGAACAGAUAUUUUCUUUCAAUUUUUACCAAUCAAGUAACACAUCUCAUUCAAGGAGUUAUAUUACCGAGGGCUUUGCUACUCUCACUCAAGGCAAUCAUACUCAAACCCGAUAUUUAUUUUUGUUCGAUGAUUGGCUCAUCAUAGUUAAAUCAAAAGCAAAUAAUGCUUUUCAACUCAAGAAGAAAAUACGGGUCGCCGAAAUGUGGAUAACGGAAUACAUUCACGGAAUAGGCGAUGUUGAUCCUGAAUCUAAACUAUUGUCAUUUGUUAUUGGCUGGCCUCUUAUAAACUCAAUCAUCACUUUUAAAUCAAAAGAUGCACGAAAUACCUGGUGGUGCCAUCUUUCAAAUGCCAUUAAAAUUCAAUGUGCAAGAGAAGAACCUAAAACUACAACUCUCAAAAUAUUUAAUUGGAAUUUAAAUUCGCAUAUAAAAUCAAAAACCAUGCGCAUUGGAUCUCAACACACCGCUGACGAGUGUUUAAAGAAGGCGAUGAAACUGUUCAACUUUUCACAAGACGAUAUAUCCAAGUCAAAAAUUAAUAUUUCUACUAACGAUAACAACUUUCCAGAGAUUAAUAAUCAAGAAAUACAUUUAUGGGUUCAAAUUCAAAAUAGCUCAAUUAUGCUUAUAGGGCACGAAAGGCCUUACGCCAUUAUUACCAAUCACGUCACGAGGGCCAUGUUAUUGGAUAGAAAUGUAUUAUCAGUCGAUAAAAAGGUUACCCCCCUCUUGCCACCAUUUAAUGAAAUAUCCUACAUAUUUCAUGAUGAUUUAGGCAAGGAUGUUGAAACCGAAUCUGUUAGAGAUGCAGCAAUAGAAGGUGCUAGUAAUAAUAUGGAAGAAAACAUCAAAGAUGAUUCCACCAUAUAUACUCGGAAAUUAAAUCGCUUAAUUCACGCAGAAAAAACCAAAGAGCUGAUUAGCAAUGAAAUUUCUUUUAACGAAAAUACAAUCCCAUUUCAAUCGUUAAAAGCUGAAAAAAAUAUUUUAGAUUUUAACUUGAAAACUUAUAAUUCCCCUCCUUCAUCUGCCUUGUCACCAUUCCAAUUGCAACAACUACUGGAAGGUAACACGUCUACCAGCGACUGUCAAUUUUCUUUGAGAAUCAAUACUAUGACUCAAUCUAAUAAUCACACCAAAGUGUGGUACCCUAACAAUAAGUUCUUGAGUCUCAAAAUCAAACAAAGUAAACUCAUAUCGACUAAAAGCAAAAAUGGUAUAUAUCGACUUAAAAAAUCCUCAAACAAAAUCAGCAAUUUAUUGAUUCCCCGCAUAUCUGGUAGACAUAGCUCUCUUAAACAUUUUGUAGAUCAAAAAUGCGCGUCCCGCACAAUAUGCAACCCUUGUGAGACGAUUUCACCUUUAGUUGUCAUUCUUCAAAAUACAGAAUUUGAUAAUAAAAAGAUGGUUCUCGACAAUUUAAGUAAUAAAUCAGUUAUUCCAUCUAUACAAGGACUAACAAAUUUUAAUAUGAUCAGACCCAUGCAGCUUUCCUAUGAAAAUAAACAUGGGGUUGGUCAAGGUCAUGAAAAUUAUUGCAAUACCUCUACAGCAGAACGAUCUGACGACAAGACAUUUAAGGAUCGAAGAAAAAGCAAAUUGUUUAAUAAGCAUCUUAAUGAAAUAAUGAUUAGCAAUAAUGAAUUUCCCAAGCCAAUUAAAAAAAUUUUGCAAUUAUUGUACACUUAUGGGCCGUACACCAUAGGCAUAUUUAGAAAAUCUGCCAGUGCUAAAUUAUGCAAAACUUUAAAAGAACAACUCGACCGCGGAACAGACGUUAAUCUUGAUGAUGUUCCUAUGCUAGCCAUUUCUUCUAUAUUUAAAGAAUUUUUAAGGAAUAUUCCUAACGGUUUAAUGGAUUGCCAUCUUUACGAAAAAUGGCACCGCAUUAUGAGCAUUGAAAAUGAACAUGAAAAAUUUACUAAAUGCAAAGGUUUGUACUCUCAAUUGCCAAGCCACAAUCGUUUUCUGUUAGCCCAUACACUCAAGAUAUUUAAAUUGAUUAACGAUAAUUCGGUCUACAACAGUAUGACCAGCGCGAAUAUGUCCAUAUGCGUUGGGCCCAGUCUAUUAUGGGAGCAAUCUUCUGCAUCGAUAUCUAACCCUUGCCUGGUAGUCGGUCCCAAGCGAUCUAAACUUCUUCACUUUGGCCAUAUUAACAUCUCUAAUGAUUCUACACAAGAAGGUAAAAAAAGUUUCAGUGCUUUAGCCCUGGUCCCUAUUGCUUUUAACAACAACAAUAAAGACAAAGACCAAAAUAAAAAUAAUCAAAAUGUCACGCAUGGUUUUGAUAAUUGCAAUCAAUAUGAAGACCAGCAAGUCAUGAAAGACGGAACCAAGUGGAUUCCUUUAUUAUUAGAAUACAUGAUAAACAAUGUGGAAUACCUUCAACCUGACUCUAGUAGUUGCACUAGUUCGAGUUUUAAAAUAAAAUUUAAUAACAGUUCAAAAAAUAAACACCAUUUAGUUCAAAUGCACCGCAACAACCAUAGCCGCAAAUCGCAAAAUCGUUUGAAGCGCUUAUCUAGAGCAAAUGCAAUAAUCUCCGCUGCUGGUUUAAAGGUUAGAACUGAUAAUACAAUUAACUGUGACUUGGAUAAUAGUAGAUUAAAGCAAAAUAUGGACCCUAAAAAUUUCACACUUCAAGAUAAAUUUAAGGAAAAAAAUUACGGAAUAGGCUACGAAAAUAUAAAUGAUCAUCGUAAAGAAGCUAUUUUUAUCGACAACGAUGCUGAUACCUUCGAAAAGAAGUAUCGAUUUCAAUCCUACAAGGAUCAUCUUUUUCCGGAGUCCGAUCCUAGUAUGAAAAACAGGGAAAUAAACUACGAAACUUCCGAGAGCACAACGGGUGGUCUCUUAUCUUCUCCGUCUUCUGCUCUUUCUCUACCCAUUUCCCUGAGUCGAUUACUCUCUCUUCCUUGUCCUUCCCAAGCUUCUCGCUGCCGCAACAAUUAUAAUCAUAGGGCAGACUUUGUAAAAAUCCUAUUAUCGCCCACAACAUCUAUGAGUUUGAGUUCGAAUGAAGAUCUCAAGAACAAUGGACAAUCUGAUCAGAUGUCUGGCAAUAAUUAUUUGACCGCUUCAAAUGCCAUGAGAGAAUUAUGUUCUUUAGAUAAUAGCGACGAACGUUCUCAGUCGCGUUCAAAUUCAUAUUCUAGAUCUAAUUCCCGAGUCAGGGUAAAUUCUUUCCUUCUAGGAGACUCUGACAGCCUCACCAGUUUGCCCUUAAGGAACAUAGAUGAAAGGGAAAGGUAUGAGGAGGAGUCCUCGACCGAAAGCUUGGAGGCCCCCGAUCACAACGAUAUAUACAUGUUUACAACUAACUACUUACCCAAUCGUUAUUAUUCAUACGACAACAAUAGAUCUAAACUUGUACCUCCUUCUGAUUUUCUCAAACCAAGUCGUAACGAUAGAUGUGAAUCUCUUUCUACUCACAAUUCCGAAUUAAUUAAUCCUAAUCGUUUUCAAAAAAUAUCAUUGAUAUCGCCAUUGACUAGUUCAAGUCGGGAUUCUGGUUUAACAUUGAGCGAUAGCAAUCUUUAUAACACGGAGCCCGAAGUUGAUCAAGAUUUUCCUAUGACAUCUAAAUCACAAUUAGGUUCCAAAAGAAAAGCAAUCCCAGCCAGAAGUUUUUCUCUUUGUACUGCCAAGGGAUCUUCAGACACGAUUGAAAAAAUUAAUGGGAAAAAUAUGAGAGCUAAAUUUAUAAUAGAAAAUUUUAUAAACCGAAAUGCAGAUCACGAUACAACAGAAUUGCUAAACAAUGAUUGUAUGAACUCUAAUGACAAAAUUAUACAUGGUAGAUUUAUACUAGCUAAUCAUGAUGGUCCUAAAGGAAUGCAAAGAACUAAAGAUUAUGUUAAUAACAUAUCUGGAACUCCAUCGGGCAAAGAUUAUCAACAGAAUUAUAACAGGAAAGAUUUUAAGGAAAAUUCAUCUAAAAUAUCUAGAACACAUGCUCAAAUAAAAGUUUCUUAUUUAUCACCCUCCAAAAGAAGGAAUUUAAAUAAUGAUCCGGAAAUUGCUUCUAUUUUAAACGACGAACAUUUUCUCCAAAAUGAUUAUCCUAUACCAUCAUAUCAAUCCACUUCAACACCGCCAUUAUAUAAAAUUUCGAAAUAUUUUCCUUAUAAUGAAACGAAUCCACUUAAUUCUGAUAUCAAAUAUAAAAAUCCCUUGUUCAGCAAAAAACUAGAGUUUCCAUCGUGUUCUCUACUUGGGGCAAAAAAAGAAGAGAAACAAGAAUACGUGUACUUUGAAGAAACUAAAGAAGAGAAAAAAUUGACUCUUCAAACGGUCGAUAGUUAUCGAGCUCGAAAAGUUUAUGAAAAAUCUCUGAGGCUUUAUUUGACUGGAUCUAACGGUCCAAAAUAUAUAUCAUAUCAUGGUAAUCCUAAAUCCAACGAAAUUAUUAAAUGUGAUAUAAUUCAAAAUGAUCUUAACCGCAAAAAUUUGACAACACCAAAUGACAAUGUUAUUACUUCUAAGGAAGUUAUCCGCUUGCCUAGCCCUGACAAGACCGAGUCGGGAGUAAAAGAAAACAAUAUUUUCGACACCUAUUCUUCCCCUAUUCGUGUUCGUAAGCUCAUUAAUUCGGUUUAUAAUGAAAACAUGGUUUCUCCUAAGAUAAACAAAAUUAAUGACCGUUCUGACACAACCUGGAGCGUUUUGCAAUUGACCAAGAUGUUUUCCAAUAUGUCAUCUACCCAGGACUUAGUCUCUUUUAAGACAACAAAGGGAAUUCACCGAAAACCUGAUUCAUGCGUUACGAAAUCCUUGUCUUUAAAUUGCAACAACCAAAUAAGAUAUCAAUUAUACACAGUUAAUUGCAGACGCGGAAACAGGAGGGAGAUUGUCCAACCCCAUCACAACUUGCCUGUUCUCAAAAAUAUCAUUUAAAACUAAAAAAAAUUCUUCUCCCCCAAAAAUGAAUACAAUAUCAUUAUAAAGAAUUUGAAAGAAGUUACUCACUACCUUUAAAUCCAAUCCUCUACCAAGAUUACACAUUGAAAAUAAUAAAAUUAUAACGGACCCCAGGGAACAAUUAGCGAUAUGGACAGACCAUUAAAUGAACCUUUACAGAACAAGGUGGCCUAAACCAUUAUGUGACUAUCCUUUCCAACCACCUAAUCGGAACCUGAACAGAAUAGAUAUAAUCAAUGCCAUUAAAAGACUAAAAACCCAUAAAGCAGCCGGAAUCGAUGGGAUUUUUGCGGAACUUUCGAAGAUAGAUGCUGAUUUAAGUGCUAGUCUACUGCUUCCCCUCUUUAAUGAGAUAUGGAAUACUGGCAAUUUCCCAGAGGAAUGGAUGACCUCGAUAAUACUUAAUUUCCCUAAAAAUAAGAACCCGACUAGCCUGAAGGACUACAGAGGAAUUGCACUGAUCCCAGUUACCCUAAAAAUGUUCACGUAUAUUAUAGCCGUCAGGAUUAAACCAAUCAUCGAUAGAAACCUCUCAAACGCCAUCACAUCAUAUAGGAAGGGAAGGAACACGACGGAACUAACCAUGGCGCUUAAGGUUAUUCUGGAGAAAGCUAGAAUACAUAAGUCCCCAAUAUUUGCCCUAAUGUGAUCUAAGUCAAGCCUUUGACUCCAUCAUACAGCAUAAGAUCUGGCCCUUACUGGAGGACAUAGGAAUAGAUAAACUGAUUUCGCUUAUAAAAAUAAUAUACGAUAAUCAUAACGUGAUACCACAACAUCUGAACUUAAAAUCACAACCAUUUAAGGCCAACAGAGGACUGAAACAAGGAUGCAUUUUAUCACCUAUGCUAUUUAAUGUAAUAAUGAACGAUAUUCUGAAUAAAUCCUUCAAACAAGAACAUGCUCUUAACCCUCGAUAUCUGAAUCAACAAUAUGAUAAUAACAUACACAACUCUCUAAAUUUUCUAUGCUAUGCCGAUGAUGUAUGCAUAUUAGCUAA